AUGAAUACCUUAUCGCCCGAUGAAAUGAAGCGGUUCCAGGAGCUUUCGAACGAGUUCGCACCGGACGUCCAGGUGAGCCUUCCCUUGCCGGCAGGACCCUGUGUACAGUCAAGCCCAGCUGACAAUCGAAUACGAAAGGGUCCCCUGGUGUCUGCCAAACAGUCGAGCAGUACCAUAGCACUGGACUAUGCGAAUGCCGAUCCCACCUACGCCACAAAAACCAGCGCGCUCGCUGUGACACAUCCUUUCUCGCGUAUUAUGAAGGGGGACGGAAACUGUGGCUGGCGAGCGGUUGCGUUCGGCUAUUUUGAAUGUCUCUUCAAUCUUCGGGAUACGCUGCAGGUGCACCGCGAAUUACUCCGGAUUAAGUCUUUGAGCUCCCUCCUCGACCAGGUCGGCCAACAGGAACAUUUGUAUGAGAUCUUUGUGGAAGCCACUGAGCAGGUCUUCACCCAAGUUUCAGAAGCCAUCCAGAACGGCGCACGCGACGAGUCGUUUCUGGUGGAUGCUUUCAACAUUGAAUAUAAUUCGAGCGCUAUCAUCACACAUUUCAGACUCCUCACAAGCGCCUGGAUGAAACUCAAUCCUCAUCGGUAUCAGGCGUUUUUGUCUCUGCCCCUAGAUCAGUAUUGCGCCACACGAGUCGAGACGGUGAAAACAGAGAUCGAUGAGGUCGGGCUCCAAGCAUUGGUCGAUGGUGUGAUUGAGGGAUCUGGGUUCGCAGUGGAGAUUCUGUAUCUUGACCGCAGCGCAGGCGAUGCGGUCACCCCACACCUGUUGACACCCAGCCGAUCAACCUCUGCAACGAUUCGACUUUUGUACCGCCCUGGCCAUUAUGACAUCCUUUACCGUGUCGAACCGACUGUGAAUAUGGAACCCGUGGUUGCUUACCAAUACGGAAUGACGACCAAUUUCUCUCCUUGGGAACAAGGCGCUCUCUCGUUCGACGUGAACUCUAGUUUGAUGUCGAUUCCUGGCCUCAUGAUGGACCCUUCGUUUGCCAUGGCACCUGCCGCUCCCGCGCCCAUGUCCCCGGCACCAUCGAGCCCCUACCGCGUAUCUUCGCCCCAUGAGAUGUUCCCGCCUGCCAUGCCGAGUCCCCCAUCUGCUAUUCCUGUAUCAACGCCAUCACCCCCCAGGAUGUCUGGACCGCCGCCGCCAAUGAACUCGUUACCCAGUCGGUCGUCUGAUGGACCCCAGAUUCGGCUGAAUCCCCUGGUCAUGAAACAGAACCUUAACCACUCUCUUCCUGUCACCACACCAUUUAAAAACUCCCCGUACAACCAGGCCCACUUUCAGAAUCAGGACUUUGAACCGAUCCAUUGGGAACCCAAUGAGUCUCGAAAGUAG